AUGGAAACUAACAAGGAAAUUGAUAUAACCGUAUUAAGAGAUAAUAAUGAUUUAGAUAUACCAAGAUUAAACAAAUAUUAUCGCAGUGCUUGGAGAUCGUUAGAGUUGGAUAAUUCAAAGCUCGAUCAACGUUGUGACUUUCUUCAAAAUAAAUUUAAAAAUGAUAAAUCUUUUAAUGAAAGUGAAAAAACGUAUUUACUUACUAAGCUUGGAGAAUAUCAAGAAAAAUUUAAUCUAAUAAAUAAAGCUGGCAAAUCUAGGCGAUGUGAUGAUUGUCAUAAUUUGACUUAUUCUAUUCAGAACUCAUCAGCUAUCGUUAAAGGAAUGCGCCCCAAAAUAGAUCUUAAUAUUCCACAAAAAUAUGCGACUUUAAUGGAGCAAUGCUGGAAUGCAACUCCAGAAAAUAGACCUGACGUUUUAACGGUUUGGAAAAAAAUUCGAGAACUUAGAAUGAAACUUAUUGAGGCUAAAGAUAAUGGAAUGUUGGAGGAAGAUUUUCUUGGAAUAAAUCCAAGCUCUACCAAAUUAGUUAAAGACAAAAUUGUAUCAAGAAGAUGUUUUAGUGGUCUUCACACUUUGACAAAUAUUUCAGAGCCAAAGAAUGCCUCAAGAGAAGAAUCAGAGGAUGAAUUAGAUAAUGAAUCAGAAUCAAACUCCAGUUGUCAACUUUUUUAA